AUGGCUGGACAAGAGUACAAAUUUCCAGCGUUCGAUGACCUGCCGAAGGUGAAGGAUAUGCCGCAGGGCAGCAUAUGGGGUUUCUUUGACAAAGAUGGGGAGAAGGAUGAAGUCGGAACUAUCAACCUUCUCACCUCUGAUGUCGUGAAAGCCGCUUCCAAGGAGAUCAGCACCGGCGAGCACAUCCAACUUGACUGGGAACUCCACAACGUCCAGUUUCCGGGUUUCAAUCGCAAAGAACUGGAGCAAAAGCAGAUUGAUUUUGCAAAUUUCUCCGAAUUCUGCGCUAAUGAUGACGAACUUCACAUCAACACGCAGGCUGGGUCCCAGUGGGAUAGUUUGAAGCAUUUCGCACACCAGGCUAGUGGCAUGUACUACAACGGUCUCUCUCAUAAGGAAGCGGCUAAGAGCGUUACGAACGGGACGCAUAAAUGGUGUGAAAGGGGCGGUAUUGUCGGAAGAGGUGUGCUUUGCGACUGGCUUAGUUGGUAUGAAGAGAAGAACGGAAAGGCACCAAGUGCGGUAUCGAGGCAUGAGAUUCCAAUUGAUGAGAUCGAAGAGACUCUGAAGUGGCAGGGGACUACGGUAAAGCAGGGCGACAUUAUGAUGAUACGCAGCGGAUACGUGAGAUGGCACAACAACGCGAACGAAGCGGAGCGCAAGAGUGGUACGCGCGAUAACACUGUAGCCAUCGGUCUUCAAGCCAAUGAGAAGACUGUUCGCUGGCUCUAUGACCGCCAUUUCUCCGCGCUCGUUGGUGACACCGUGGCUUUCGAGGCCUGGCCACCUAAAUUCGAAGACGGGUGGUGCCUUCACGAAUGGCUCCUCGUUCAUUGGGGUACCGCUAUCGGCGAAAUGUGGGAUCUUGAGAAGCUUAGUCAGAGGUGUAAAGAAAUGGGCCGAUAUACCUUCUUUUUGACUAGUGCGCCGCUGCAUGUCAGAGGCGGCAUCGGGAGCCCACCGGGAGCUAUCGCUAUCUUCUAG